CAAAACAAAAAAAACCCCACCCCCCGAAAACGGAAGCAAGCAAACAUGUUUUUUUUUUUGGGGCGUGUAUGCAAAUCCCUCACUCGUGGGCACUGAUGCACGAUGGCUGUUUUGCUGAUGGGCCCACAGCACCAAUUCCCCUCCCGGGAGGAACCGAAACCUCAGGGCCAAACCCUGAAAUGGGGAGAGCUGGAGGCGGUGCGGGGUUGGGGGCUGCGCCUGCGCAAAGAGGAGAACCAAAAACUUGUAGCAUGGUUUAGGUUGGAAGAACCUUCCAUGGCCUUACAGGAGACUUAUGGCAACUGGUUGGGUCCUCCUCCGGUCCCUGCCAAGAGGCCGGUGAGACAAGCAGGAAUUUACUCUGCUGCUGGAAAAAUGACACCCAUGAAUGACUUCAGGCCGGCAUCUCCAGACAGCUUUGCUGAUGAGGAUGACUACGAUGAUGUGUCGGUGUCGGGGUCGGAUCGUGGCUACAACCCACCCACAUCCAACAGAGAUCUGCAGAGCCAGAAGGGAAAAGGAGGCACAGGUGUCUACAUCCUGGCAGGGAAACCACCAUCAUCAAACCCGUCUCCAGUGGGUAACCCCAAGCCCAGCAGUGAACAUGGGCGACCAUCGACGACCAUCCUCUACAUUUUGGUGGCCCUGAGCUUCGUGGUGUGGGUGCUGCUCCUGGCUUUGGCCGUGGUGAAACAGGUGGAAAUCAUGGCGGAGUUGGAGCUCUUGAGGUCAAACUACUCCGAGACCCAAAUUCACAUGCUUCAGGAGCUGUCGGAAUCCCGUCGGGAGCAGCUGUGGCUGCGGAGCGGGAUGCGAAAUUACUACAGAGAGCUGCAGGACAUGGCAGCACGGAUGUGCAAAGUGAUCCCGGAUAAGAAAUGCUUGGCUGGUUGGAAGGCUUUCGAGGGGAACUGCUAUUCCUUCUCCACCGAGAGGAUGAGCUGGAGGGAAGCAAAGGAGAUCUGUGAUGAUCAGGGUGCUCACCUGGUCAUCAUCAACUCGGAUCGGGAACAGGGCUUCCUGAAGAACAGCAUUAACAGCAGCAACGUGUACUGGCUGGGUUUGACAGAUGAGCAGCAGGAAGGCACGUGGCUCUGGAUAAACGGCGAUGCUGUCAGCACCAGCUACUGGAUGGCGUGGCAGGAGAACCCAGACCAGGACCAGAAGGACUGUGGCACAAUGGGCCCCAACGGGCUGUGGAUGGACGAGCGCUGCUCCCAGCUCCACCACUGGAUUUGUGAGAAGCCCUGGGGCUGCUGACAUCCCCCCCCAAUUCUGUUUGCAAUCCCUCUUAGGAAAUUUGGAAAUGAGGAAAUUUGAGCCAAGCUUGAGAAAUGUAAGAUCAAUAAGGACGGGACCCGCGGCUGAAAACAAAACUCUUUUGGAUCCCUUUUGUACUGUUUCCAAUUUAAAAAAGAAAAAAAAGCCACCAGCAAUGGCACCAAGAAAUCCUUUUGCUUUCCAUAAAAAAUGUUAUUAAUUUUCCCCCCAAAAAACUGUUCCCCUGUGUUCCAGGGAUGCUGGUCUUCGUGUACGUGGGGUUUGUGGGACCCGUAGGUGGGAGACUGGGAGCACUGGGAUGCUGGAAGUGUAGGAAAAGGGGGAAAAAAAAUGCUGAAAAAUGGGUAAAAAUGUUAAAAGGAGGAGUUUGGGGUGGAGGAAUGACUGACAGCAGGUCGUUUCUUGUGAAAAAAAGUCACUGAAAUCAGGUCAAAAUACUCUAAAAAGUGGCGUUACUUGGGGCAAAAAUGACUGAAAACGGGUUAUUUCUUGGGAAAAUCAUGCUGGAAACAGGUAAAAAUGCUCAAAGGGGGCAUUUAUUGGGAAAAAUGGCUGAAAAUGGGGCAUUCCUUGGGGAAGACUUGCUGAAAACAGGUAAAAAUGGCUGAAAAUGGGGCAUUCCUUGGGGAAGACUUGCUGAAAACAGGUAAAAAUGCUAAAAAGGGGUGAUUCCUUGGGGAAAACUUGCUGAAAACAGGUAAAAAUGCUACAAAGGGGGCAUUUCUUGGGGAAAACUUGCUGAAAACAGGU